CAGCUGAGGAGUACCAGGGAUGUACGCUGUGUAUAUGUCAGAUCUAAUUUUGUACUUUGCCACGGUGUAACAAGAAUGACUCACGAUCUCACUUAUCAAGUAAUAUAUACAUGACCGAGCAAAUUAUUUUGCCAUCUUCGUGAAUGUUCUUUUGUUUAUGUUAGCUCAAUAUUGCACUGCUAAGUUGUGGGCGUUUCAUUUUCAUUCAAUCCUUUAACGAGCAGAAUAUUGUGUUGAUGUGUUAUAUCCGUGCUGGUGAGCUUGUCUGAUUUGCUUGAACUUGAAGUGGGGAGACAGGGGAGAGUGUUCAUGGUCAGCUCUAGUCUGCCAUAAUGUCAGCUGGUGCAGCUCAGAAUUUUCAGACCUUUGUUGAUGCCUUGAUGUGUAAAUAUAGACAUUCUGAAAAUUUGGAGUUGGACCCAGACAUAUUUGUUCCAAAACAAGCUCCAGGAAAAGCAGACUCUUCUGGGAAUAUUGUUCUGAACACUGAAGUGCUUGCCCUGCAUGAUGCAUGCAUCAACACAGCAGGGACAGUUGAGGACAUACAACAUUGCUUGAAAUGCCUCAGAGAGCUGGAUUUGACCUGUAAUAAUGUAUCAGAGUGGGAUGAGGUAUUUAAAUUGCUUGGCGCAAUGCCAAUGUUGGAGUUUCUGAACCUCACCUCAAACCCAUUGUGUAACCCUAUGCCCAGAGACCAGCAUAGCUGUAGGUUCCCAUCAGUACGUCAGUUGGUCUUAAACAGCACUCUGAUUUCCUGGUCAACCUUGACAGAGUUAAUGCCAUGCUUUCCUAAUGUGGAAGAGCUGCAUUUAAGCCUGAACAAUUAUUCAUCAGUAGAUCUAGAUGGGAGCUAUCAAGCAUCAAGUGUCUGUGUUCUGUAUUUCAACGGGAACAAUGUGGCUGACUGGUGUGAAGUGGCUAAGCUGGGGUAUUACUGCCCCAAUCUGAGGGCUCUAGUGAUGUGUGAAGCGCAAAACCUUCAAUCCUUUGGAGAGGCAGAUCAGUGUAGAGCUUUAUUCCCUAACCUGACCAGUCUAACGGUCAGUGACACAGCUAUAGAGGACUGGGAACAGAUUGACACCCUCAUGCAGUUCCCUGCCCUGGAUCAGGUCAAGCUCCAGAGAAUCCCCUUGUUAGAGGAUUACACAGAAAAAGAGGGAAGGCAGUUGUUAGUGGCCAGAUUACCUAAUGUGAGUAAGUUGAAUGGCAGUAUGAUCACUGACACUGAGAGGGAAGAUGCUGAGCGAGCUUUCAUCAGACAUUACAUGGACUGUGAUGAAAAGCCUGCCAGGUAUUUUGAGCUAGAGAGCAGGUAUGGUAAACUGGACCCAUUAGUUCAACUGAACCUGAAACCAAAAACAACAGCAGAAGUGAAAAUCAAAUUUGGUGAUCAAGAAGAGACCCGUAAAAUCAGCUUACGACAGACUGUGAAACAAUUCAAAAAAAGUUUAGAGGAAUUUGCAGCUCACCCAGUUUCAAAAUUCCGAUUAUUUUACCAUGACCACACCUCAGCUUAUGGUGCUGAAGAGCUGAGAUUCCCAACACGUAAUCUUUAUGCUCUCAAUAUAACAGAUGGAAGUGACUUUAUUAUUGUCUUAAAACACAACUGAUCAUUCAAUGAGAAUCUAUUUUACAUUUUUAAUUUUGUUUAAUUUUACAUAUAUGCAUGUUUGUAGUAUGUGAGUGACUGUGAUCUGUAUAUGAUGUAAAUCAUGUGAAUCCUUUGUUAAUUAUGAAAUUGUAAGGAAGCUUUUGAUUUAUUGGAAUCAGACGGUGCAAUAAUUAGUAACAUGUAGGACAACAGGUUGUCUCUUAAAAGAAUUCUGGAUGAUUUUUAACAGAUACAUGUACAUGUAGGUCUGUCUUAUGUUAGCUGGACAGGAGAUUUGUAAGAAACCACAUUUGGGUGCAGUACAUGUACAUGUUUGACAGUUGUACAGGUGAGCACAUGUAUAUCAACUACAGCUUGCAUGAAACAAGGUAAAGGCCUGUGUGACAGUAGCAGGCUGUGUGACAGAUGAACAGGUCUGUUUAGACAUUUACAGCCUGUGUGACAGAUGUACAGGCCUGUUUUGAUAGUUACAGCCUGGUUGAUAGAUGUCUAAGUCUGUAAUUCAACUAUAGCCUGUGUGACACAACGCAUGUAUGGCACAAGUCAGAGGCCUGUAUGUUUUGACAGUUACAGCCUGUGUGAGACAUACAUGUCUCUAUAACAUCUGCAGCCUGUGUGACUGAUGUACUGGUCUCAUAACUACAGCCUGUGUGUCUGAUGUACAGGUCUCACAACUACAGCCUGUGUGUCUGAUGUACACAUCUCACAACUACAUCCAGUUUGAAUGAUGUACAGGUCUCACAACUACAGCCUGUGUGACAGAUGUACAGGUCUGACAACUAUAGCCUUUGUGACAGAUGUACAGGUCUCUCUACAGCCUGUGUGACAGAUGUACAGGUCUGUUUGACAAAUACAUGUGCUGCUUGUGUGACAGACAUACCACUUGUGUGACAGGUAUACUACUUUGUGACAACUAAAGGCUGGCAGAUGAUUCUUCAAGUUCAAUGAGAAGCUCAAAGUGUUUUCUCUGAUUAUUUAAUCGACAUUCCAUGGCAGUGAGUAUCAAGAUUUUAUGCCAUAAGAUUGCUCCUGGCUAAUGUUCAUCGGAAUUGGGGUCGUCCGAGCUGUCUAGUGUGCCACUCUGUACGGGCCAGAGUUCCACGAAAUGGAGCAAAAUAAAUAAAUAAGAUGUCCGUGUAUUAUUUGUAAUAUUAAUUGGGCUACACCUGUUGAAAAGUACAUAAGUGGUGUUACUAUUUUUAUACAUGAUUAAAGUAAUUAAUUAAAUUAA